ACAUUUGACAAUACAGAAAAGUAACGUUGAACUGUAAGGUACUUGAAAAAAAACUCCUUAAAGUGACUAUUGUUAGUUAGAAUGUGUCUCUUCCCAUUUUCAUUUUUUAUUAUGUUUCUGUAUGAGAGGAUUUAUCAUUCAUAUUUGACUUUAUGAGGAACCGGGUAUGGAAUGUUUGGGAAAAUCGACGUCUCUUGAACACGGCAAAAACUAUUUCAACAAUUUAGACGACCAAGAAGACUCAGAUGAUACGGACACAACAGACACUGAUACAGAAGAAGAUCAAGAAUGCUUACGACUGGACGAAAACCUUAGUAAUAAAGGACAGACUAAUGUGCAGACAGAACUCACCGCAGAGCAAUUCAUUAAAGAGUUAAAUUAUGAACUGGAAGAACUAAAAAAGGAGAAAACUAACUUAUAUCAAAAAUUGGAAUCAGUCAAAGGUAUGUUGGAACAAAAAUCAAAAUUAGCCGCCGAAAAUGAGGACACAGUCAAAGUCCUGAAGGACCAGAUCGAAAAAUACACUGAAGAAAACAAAAAUCUUAAAACAAGUCUAAGGUCAGUCAAGGAUAUGUUUGAACGAAAGUCAAAGUUAGCCGCCGAACAUGAGGAUACCAUCAAAGACUUGAAAGACCAGAUCGGAAAAAAUUCUGAAGAAAGCAAAAUACUUAAAACAAGAAUGAUGUCAGCCGAGGAUAUGUUUGAACAAAAAUCAAAGAUAGUCACCGAAAAUGAGGAUACCAUCAAAGACUUGAGGAACCAGAUAGGAAAAAUUACUGAAGAAAACAAAAAUCUUAAAAGAAACCUAAAUAAAUUAAAGGAGGAAAUAAAGAGGAAGGACAAAGAAAGCGAACUUGAGAAAAACACAUUAAAAGAACAAUUCGAAACAAGUAAUAGAGACAGGGAAAACCAUCUGGAAAAAGUUAUGACUGGAUAUGAGGAAGAAAUCAAAACAAGAAAAAAGAAUCAGGAGGAACAAGCCAAAGAAAUUGAGAGGCUACGGCAGUUCGAGGCUGUCCAUCCGGCUCUUAAAGAUCAACUUGCUGAACUUGAGAAUAGGCUGAGCCAAUCUGAAAGUGGAAAAUUUGAAACUGAAGACAAAUUAAUGCAAGCUGAAAAUGAGAAAAGACAACUUGGAGAAGAAAAACAAAAACUACUGCUUCGGUAUAAAAAAUAAAACCACACUUCAGUUAAUAUUGCGUACUAGAUCUACAUGAAACAUAGGCAAAAUGUUUGGCUGUAUGCAGUCACUAUAAGACUUAAUACGGGGUCAUCUUUGGUUACCAAUAU